CCCCGUUUCGCGGACCCACGCGACUUCUACCCCACGACUCCCGCCGGGUGGUCCUCUUCCUCUCCCGGCUACUCUACCCUCCGGCGCUCCAUCCGCUGCUCGAAGCUUUCUUCAGCCAGCUCCAGCCCGCUCGCCAUGAAGAUCGCGGUGGAGGGUUGCAUGCAUGGGGAGCUGGACAUCGUCUACGACACGCUACGGAGGCUCGAGGAGGCCGAGGGGAUCAAGAUUGACCUCCUCCUCUGCUGCGGAGAUUUCCAGGCUGUUAGGAAUACAGAUGAUUUACGGUGUGUUAACGUCCCACUAAAGUAUCGUAACAUGAACUCAUUUUGGAAGUACUACUCAGGGCAAGCAGUUGCUCCGUACCCAACCAUCUUUAUCGGUGGAAAUCAUGAAGCAUCCAAUUAUCUGUGGGAAUUGUACUAUGGAGGAUGGGCAGCACCUAAUAUAUACUUUUUGGGGUUUGCUGGUGUUGUUAAGUUUGGAAACAUCCGAAUUGGUGGACUGUCAGGAAUACAUAAGCAACACAAUUAUCACUCAGGGCACUAUGAGAGGCCUCCAUACAAUGAACAGACUAUACGGUCUGUGUACCAUGUAAGGCAUUAUGAUGUUCUCAAGCUCAUGCAUGUGAAGGAGCCACUAGAUAUAUUCUUGUCACAUGAUUGGCCUCUGGGCAUUACUGAGUAUGGGAACUGGCAGGAGCUCAUUAGGGCGAAGAACCACUUUGAAGCUGAGGUUAACAAUAGAACGCUAGGCAGCAAACCUGCAGCUGAAUUACUGAACAAACUAAAACCACCCUACUGGUUUUCAGCGCAUUUACACUGCAGGUUUCCUGCCAUCAUCCAACAUGGAGAGAAUGGACCUACGACAAAGUUUCUUGCCCUUGAUAAGUGCUUUCGUGGGCGCAAUUUUCUGCAGGUUAUAGACAUUCCAUCCAAUCCAGGACCAUAUGAAAUCCACUAUGAUGAAGAAUGGCUUGCAAUAACCCGAAGAUUCAAUAGCGUUUUCCCCUUAACUCGAAGGCGAUUUACCAUGAGGGAUGAGCAGCUUGACACUCAAGAUGACCGACAAUGGGUUCGGAGCAAGUUGAACGCUAGGGGGUUUAAGCCAUUUGAUUUUGUCCAGACUGCACCAUCUUUCAAUCCUUCCAAUCCAGUCUCCAAUUCCUCCAUUACAGGAAGUUGCAGGAAUCCACAAACUGAGUCUUUUCUCCAGCUUCUGGAACUCCCAUAUCUGCUGGAUUCAUCUAACUCUGAAGGUGUCUUUUGUUAAUGGGGAUGAAAGAAACGAGUCAAGCUCUCAGCCAGGAAACACGCUUGGUGAUGAAGAUAUAGAACUACCAGAUGAAGAUGAAGAUGCCGCAGACGAUGAUGAGUGAGUGAGACGGAGUACUUGGAGAAGUUCCACGCACCAUCCCAGUUGCAGGUUUUGCCUUGAUGGAUGGCUUUGUCUCUGUAGAGAGAGGAACUAAAAUGUACUUGAUUGUAGUGACAUAGCUGCUUGUUUAUGGGAGAAUGUCUGUGGACUCACUGGCUAGGGCUAAGCACAAUGCAAACUUUCUUCGGUGUUAAAUUGUUGGUGUCCUUCAAACUACAUCCACUAGUCAACAGGUGUGUUUGGUGGAAAUGUUAACCCAAAUGACAUCUACUAGCAAAAUUGAGGCCAACUUCCUAAACCCAUCCGGUUUAAACCUGUGUGUGUAACUCCUAGCUCUUUUCUAGAAUACUGCUAUGUAUGAAUACUCAAUACUUUGGAGCACUUUAUAUUGCACAAAUACUUUUCA